AUGCACCACUAUGUCAAGCAGUCAACGCUGGCAACAAGCAGUGAAAUUCCAAAGCGUCUCAAUCAACGACUCCAGGAACUUACCGAAAAGGACUCCCUUUUGGGCGAGAGUAGUCGACAUGUGCUGGCCCAGAUUCAGUCCAACGUCUUCUCUGUGGUCGAAGGCCAGUCGACGCUCGAGCGAGGCGUCGAGUCGGAGCCGAGCACCCUGCGGAUGUUUGGGAGGAGGCUCCUGAUGAAAGCCCUUGCGGCGUUAGUCACUGACGUACCUGUGCUGCUUGUUGGGGCGUGCAUCACGUCCCUGGUGCCUCACAGCACCGUCGUGGCGUUCAAGGUGAUGGUUCCGAACAACGAGCGCGUGGACAUCGAGGACUUUGUGGUCAGGGCGCGCUCCGAAUUCCACCGCGACGAAUUCCUCACGCAGUACCGCCCAGAGAUAACGACGUCGUCUCUCAACAUCACGGAACACGUUACGUUUGCGGACGCCGUGAGGACGGCAUCAUCCUCCAGUCUGAGAGAG